AUGUCCGACCCCGAUGCAGACGCCAACCGCGGCUGGAUCCUCCAUGCCGUCGCCUGGCCCUUGCUAGGCAUAUGCAUCAUCCUCAUGGUCCUGCGCCUGUGGGUGCGCCUGCGCAUCCUCCGCUCCUGGGGCUGGGACGACGCAACCAUCCUCCUCGCGCUCGUCAAGGCCGCCAUCAAUACGAUCCUUGUCAUCAUCAGCGUCGCAUAUGGUGCCGGGCGGCAUAUGGUCCAGCUCACGGAGCACCAGAAGAGCAUGGCAAUGAAGUACCAGAUCUUGUCGCAGGGGUUUCACGUUACGUCGACAAACUGGGGGAAGGUGUCGGUUGCGCUGUUUCUGAUUCGGAUUAUCGGCGGCGUGAAUAACCAUAAGGCACUGCUUUAUACGCUGAUUGUUGUCAUGACUUUGAUCAAUGCUGGUGGUGUCUUUACGAUCUACGCGCAGUGUAUCCCGACGAGGAAGUUGUGGAAUUUCGAUAUGCAAGAGGGACACUGCUGGCCCCCGGGGACGCAGCAGAAAUAUGCCUUCUUUCAGGGUUCUGUAUCGGCACUCACCGAUCUCAUCCUCGCGAUAUACCCCCUGUUCACAAUCCGGAGACUGCAGAUGGCAAUAAAGGUCAAGGUCGGGCUGGGCAUCGUCCUCUCGCUCGGAAUUGUCGCCAUGGUCGCCGCAAUCAUCAAAACCACCCACCUCGCCGGCCUCACCUCCUACGAAGACUACAGCUGGAAAACCGUCAACCUGACCAUCUGGGUCACCCUCGAGCAAUACCUGAUCAUCCUCGCCGCGUGCAUACCCGCCCUAACGCCUCUCUUCAACAUCAUCGUCCGCCACCGCUCCAGCAAGCGCAGCAAGUCCACCACGCACGAACUCGCCGGCACCAUGCGCGCGGCACACUUAAAAUCCAAGUCGAAAUCAAAGGCCGCCAAGACACAAACCACCAACAUCGAUCACCAGCAGUAUGUGCCCUUUGCGAGCGUGGGGCGGGAUUUCGUCGAGUACCCGCUGACGUGGACGGCGUCGUCGCGGAGGGACCGCGAGAAUGGCACCAAUAUCAGCAGUGGGAGUGAUAGCGAAACGCCGAUUACGGGGUCGACGCAGCCUCAGGUUCCCAGGGGGAUCUUGCGAACGAUGGAGUUUCAUAUCCAGGAGGUUCCGGCGAAUCGGUAUGAGCAUGUUGGGUAG